CAAAUAGGCUAUGCCACAAGCUUGAAUUCAAAUCAAAUUUAGUAACUGACUAGACAUAGAAAACGUUAAAGCAGCUGGUUGAAAUGGAUAAAAAAGAUAAAGAUAAAGAAGAUGAGGAUGAGAUGAAUAAAAAAGAUAAAGAUAAAGAAGAUGCAGACGAGGGUGAAAUUGAUAAAAAAGAUAAAGAUAAAGAUAAAGAAGAGGACGAGGAGAAAAAUGAUGCAGCUAGCAGCAAAAGAUUUAAUGAGAAGUCAACGGACAAUCCUCCAGCCACAGGCAGUACUGAAAUCGAAGCAACAUCCUCAAGGGUUUUUCAGGAUGCCAGAUCGUAUGCCACCGCAGAGCUAAAUGAAAGUCCCAAUAAUGUUGAUCGUAAAAAUUCCAUAAACAAUAACGAGCCGGCGAAUCCAAUGCUCGAUGUCGACAGUAAGGCAAAUACAAAGAUCAGAUACAAACAAAGUAUCUCAAAAACUGAAUUGACGUCCACAAGCCGUGGUAUUGGUAUAAAUACACAUCGUAGGGAAAACAAAAACCAAAUUGUCCAUAAUCAAACUGUAACUAACAAUAAACGCAAGAAAUUAACUGGGCAACCAAUUAGACACAAGGGUAUUGUUAAAUUACCGAAUAUAAACGACGAAUACAUUCUGGAUAAUCGUCCUCGUCAAAACUAUGCCGAUUGUGAAUACCAUUUUCCGAGAGCAAAUCGUUGGCAAAAUAUUUGGUAUGAUGGCAAGCAAAAUAAAUAUUUUUCGCGUCAUGCUCGAAAUUGGUGUUACUCGGCAAUUUAUGUAGCCGGUUUUCUAAUUUUUGUGCUAUUCUUUAAUAUGGCAAUAAUUCGACACCUAACUGAUAAUUUGAACAUGACCACUCCAGUAAUACAGAUGUCGCAACCGUUUUUAAUUUUCGCACCAAUCGGCAGCAAAACCGAACACAAGCUAAUCCGGUAUACGCCCCGAAAUGGCACACAUGGUGGACACAUGAGAAACAGGCUAUCGGAUUUUCUGAGUCAUCAUGGACGCAGCAAGGGGCAGAUCAAGCGUUUCGGACCCUGCCAAGAGGAUAAUAACUUUGGCUAUAGCACCGGCGAGCCGUGUGUAUUUUUAAAGAUCAAUCGUCUGAUUGGCUUCAAAACCAAAUCCUAUAAGUAUGAUAGCGAAGUGGUUAGAUCGAAUUUCGAGCAGGUCGAUUACACGGCCCUCAUGCAUUUGUUAUUGAGUAUUCCGAAUGAAGAGAAGCGUAAGGAUCGCAUUUGGAUAACAUGCACAUCGCCAAGUAAGAAUGCAUACGUUGAUUUCUAUCCGGAGGCGGCAUUUAAAACAAAAUUUGUUGAUGCUAAGAAAUUUAAUGAUAUUAAAGUACACAAUGAGAAAAUCAAAUUUCAGAGCAAAAGGGAUAUGAAUCGACUCGUUGCACUCAAAUUGAAGAAUUUGGAGCUAAACAAACGGAAUCGUUUCACUUGCAAAAUUUGGGCAUACAAUAUAAAACAUAGCAAAGAUUUUGGACAGACUGAAUUCCAAAUGCUGAUCGAAGGAGUCUAGCUGUGCUCACGAAUUGUGCAUUUACAUUAAUUUUCUUUUGAAAAAUUGUUCAAAUUGAGCAAAAGAGCAUAAAUUUCAAUUACAUUCUUAACUAUAUCUUACUAAA